AUGGAAUUCUGUGUUAAAGAUCAAACAUAUGGUUUUUGCAUUGUGAAUUUUUUAAUAGCAUUCAUUAGCACUAUAAGCAUAGUUGCGAAUAUUGUUUGUGCUUCAGUUUUAAUCAAAUUGAUUCCAGUAUCAACGGUCAAGACAUUGUUGCGAUUACAUAAAUUACGGGGAGUGUUAUUGUUUGCAAUAUGCUUGACAAGUGUCACUGAAAUUGGAUGUGGAUUUUUGUUGCGAGCUAAAAUAGAUGGCAAAGGAGUUUCUCUAACCAUUGAAAGUGCUUUGUUUUUCUUCCUAUCAAUCACAUCUAUGGCAAUUUUGUUACGCCUCAUUGAAAUUCGGAAGUCUGUGUCAGCUCUUCGAUGGAUAUACGCAGUGCUAUCAGCA